AUGUCCCGCAAGGUCACGAUGAACGACCUCUUCGCGGACCCGACUGACGACGACGGCGGGUCGUCGUCGUCAAAGGCGGCCACGCUCAACAAGAAGUUCGCCCACGGCACGCACACCAAGUCGCAGGUCACCAUCCAGAAGACGGCGACGCAGGGCGAGUUCGGGGCGAAGAAGUUCAUAAAGCCCUGA